UACUGCGAUCUUGUCUGCAACGUCAUUCCAUCAGCGUAACAGCUAUUGACGAUUCUUGUUGAAUCAAUCAACACUACAACUUCACACCAACUUGCUCCAAAUCUGCCAUCAUGUCUACUCCUCGUAUCAAGCGUCAAUUCGCCGGCGCCUCUGCCGACCCAUCUCAACGUCAAAUCACUUCCUUCUUCAAUGCCCGAUCAUCCGAUGAGUCUGCGAUUGCUGAGGCCGACAAGCCCAUGCAACCUACUCUUCCUUCAAACGUCCAGGCCAACCUACUCAGUGUCGGUAUGCGAGUUCGCAAGUCCGUUCCCGAAGGCUACAAGACAAAGGGCACCAGUGCCUUCAAGCUCUGGACAGACAAUGCACCUGUAAACGCUUCUACCGCUAUUGCAAAGGCACCUGGCAAGGGUGCUUCCCGAGAGCUUCUCCCCUUCUGCGGAAUCAACAAGGUCGGCGGCCUCGACACCCAGCCGGAAUUCGAGGAUGAUGUACCAGACCUCGAUGCUAUCCCCGAGCUCACCAUGUCGCAAGAGAGUGCGGAGGGCGAGUCGUACGACGGUUCUCGAAAGCGAAUUUUGGACGAGGAUGACGAUGAGCUUGACUCGAGCUUUGACAUGGGCAACCACGGAAACCCUCGAGUCAUGGCUAUUCCAGUUUCACGAAAGGGUGCCGGUUUAAGGAGCUUUGGUCAAGACAACCGGAACUCAGGAUCUGACUUUGAUGAGGCUGAUUUCCUCGUCAACCCCGAAAUGGACCUAGCCAACUAAGUCACAGUGUUGUUCAUUGGCUCAAGAAGAGCUUUGUAUGUUUCAUGUUCACUAGAAGCUAUGUCGCGGUGUCACAAGCUUUGGGUCAGGCGUUCAGGAUUAUGAUAUAUUAAUGC